CUUGAAAAUUAUGGGAGUAGCAUUGCUGGCUCUAGAAAACCCAAGAAUUGCUCAUAAUUUAAUGCCAAUAGAACUUUACUUGCCUGCCAGAAGAUAAUCUCCAGAAGGGCUGCAAGAGCCGUUGCAUCAGCUACAAUGACACCAUUGACUGUUGAAACUCCUCCUAAUAGGAUACUUGAAUUGGUUGCAAAGGGUCUUGCAGCUGAGAAGGAUGAAGUGUUAAGAGGAGUUUCUUCAGCUGCACCUUUUGAUCCAACUCUAGCUGCUGGAUAUGGCUCCAUACCAGCCCCUCGGGCAAUUUCUGUUGAUUUUAGUUCUGCACAUGACACCAAAGGCUCAUCAAAAAAUUUUCCAAAACAUGAAAGUCGACAUAUUUCUGAGCACAAGAGUAUUGCUAGAUGUGCAAGAUUUAGUUGUGAUGGAAGGUUUCUUGCUACUGGAAGUGCAGACCCGCCAAUCAAACUCUUUGAAGUUUCAAAAGUGAAACAAAUGUUGCAGUCAGACUCAAGAGAUGGCCCAGUGAGGCCAGUUAUACGAACAUUCUAUGAUCAUACACAACCAAUUAAUGAUUUAGAUUUUCAUCCUCAAAAUGCAGUUGUGAUUCUGGGGCAAAAGAUCACACCAUCAAGAAUGAGUUUGUUUUUCAGUUUGGAAGUAAUUAUGGGAGUAAUUCGUAAAAGAAUGAGGGUGACCCGGGGGUCCGGGUUAUACAACCCGAAUAUAUGUCGAAUGUGA